AUGUUGGCCAACUCUGCACGUAUCGCUCUCAAGACCCGACAUGCUGCUACGCUCUCUCGCUUCUAUGCGACUGGUGCCAACGGUGCCAAUACAUUGUUGGUGGUUGAACACAAGGAUGGCAAGAUCAGUGGUGCUACUUUGAAUGCAUUGACAGCCGCAUCCAAGCUUGGUGGUGAAGUGACCGCUUUGGUUGCUGGUGGUGAUGAUGCUGUUGCUCAAGCUGUUGCCAAGUGCGCUGGUGUCAACAAGGUCUUGACCGCUGCCGAUGCUGCCUACAGCAAGAACUUGCCCGAGGAUAUCGCUCCUCUUGUUGCCGAGAUCCAGAAAAAGUACAACUUUACUCACUUGUUUGCUGGCCAUACCGCUGUUGGCAAGAACGUUAUGCCUCGUGUCGCUGCUUUGCUUGAUGUGGCCCCUGUCUCUGAUAUCACUGCUGUCGAAGGUGAAGAUACUUUUGUACGCCCCAUCUAUGCUGGUAACGCCAUUGCCACCGUAAAGUCCUCCGAUCCUAUCAAGAUUGUCACCGUCCGUGGUACUGCUUUUGAGGCUGCUGCUGUUGAAGGUGGUAAUGGUAGCGUUGAAGCUGCUCCUGAAGCCCCCAAGGCCAACCUUACUGAAUGGCUCGGUGAAGAAAUCCAAAAGAGUGAUCGUCCCGAUCUUGCUACUGCCAGCCGUGUCAUUAGCGGUGGUCGUGGUAUGAAGAAUGGUGAAAACUUCAAGUUGUUGUACGAUUUGGCUGACAAGAUGGGUGCAGCAGUUGGUGCUUCCCGUGCUGCUGUCGAUGCUGGUUUCGUCGAUAACUCCCUCCAAGUUGGUCAAACUGGCAAGAUUGUUGCCCCUGAACUUUACAUUGCUGUUGGUAUCUCUGGUGCCAUUCAACACUUGGCUGGUAUGAAGGAUUCCAAGACCAUCGUUGCUAUCAACAAGGAUGGUGAUGCCCCUAUCUUCCAGGUUGCUGAUUAUGGUUUGGAGGCUGAUUUGUUCCAAGCUGUCCCCGAGAUGACUGAAAAGUUGUAA